ACGUCACAAUAGACCAUUUUCCGGUGGUAACGUGACUAAUGACGCGAUCACGUGACCAGGUCAAGCUUUCGUACAAAAUGGCGUCUGUCAAGCAUCGUUGUAGAUACUGAUCACGUUUGUUGUAACAUUUAUUCGCAGUUUAUCGAAUUUAGUGAAUGAAAUACUUGUUCUAAAUAGUUCUUGUAUAUAAUUUGUCCCUUUAGUGUAUAUAAUAUUUCUCUGAGGCUGCAUAAUUCGGCUGAGCAAUUAGAAUGUAGAUCUGGUAGUCGGCACGUCUCCGAUGACAGGUCCAUGUCAUAAUACGCAGUUUAUAUAAGUUAUGAUUAAUUACCAUGGAGAAAUUGAAAGUCCCAGAACUUAAAGAUUAUUUGAAAAAGUACGGAAUAACAACUACAGGUCACAGAAAAGACGUUCUCAUAGCUUUAGCCAAUGCAGUUGUCAAACUUGAAUUGGAGCCUGAUCCUGAUUUUCAACAUGACUGUCGACCAGAAACGUUUAUGAAGCAGUGUCUCACGGACUUACACUGUGAUUUUGAUGAUCCAUUUGCUCUUACUUACACAUCUGACUUCAGCCUCAUCCCAGACUUUGGCUUGUAUGAUAUCUUCAACUACCUGUUAUUUCAUAGAUCUGAUUAUGAUAGGAGGAAAUUGAAGGCUUUCAAGUCUUUUGAGGACUAUCGUUUGUUUUAUGAUGGUCAUGUGUUAGACCUCCAAUAUUGUGACAUUAGUGAUGCCAGUAACCUUUGUGCAUUCAAGUCAAAGGUGAAACCAACACAGAAGGAUUCUUCCUAUCUUGGAAAGCCAACAUAUGAUAUGUGGUUCCUCAUGGAAAAAUCAACAGCAGUGAUCAAACUGGCAUUUUGUGAAUGUCCUGGCGGUGCUGAUGGGGCUUGUCGACACAUAGCAGCAAGCCUGUAUGCGCUUGAGGAUUUUGAAAAGCCAUCCGUGACAUCUGGUCCCUGUCUGUGGAAGAGGAGAGCCUUGAGCCAGACUGAAGCUGUGCCUAUAAAGAAGCUUAGGAUUGAAACUGUUGGUUAUGGUAAGGAGAAACAGGAAGUGGGAGAGGUGGAGUUCGACCCCAGACACCCUGGAGACAGACAGAGUUUGUCACAGGAGGCAGCAAAACAGUUUAUUGAUGAAUUGACAGAGGUUGCCCCUGUCGCAGUUGCUCUUCAGCUGCUCUCAGACAAGACUAACCUCCCUGAGAUUGGACAAGGGGAGCAUGGGGUGGACAGAAGAAUCAGACAGCUGUCCAUAGUCAGCAGGGCACAAGAACUGGCAAUGAGUAAUUCUGAUCCAGCUGAUGUCAUGAGGAAACUUAUCUACACAGCAGAUGACAUAGAUUACAUAGAGGCGAAAACCUGUGGACAAAGCUCAAAUGAAAACUGGCAUCACAUUAGAAAGGGUAUCAUAACAGCUUCACUCUUCAAGCGGAUUAACACUCGUGCCAGUACUCUGAGAUCAGAUCCUGCUGCUGAUCCCAGUAAAGCUGUAGACUGUGUACUAGGCAGAAAUGCUUCUGACCUUGAUACUCAGCCUGCUGUAGUGUGGGGUAGGAAGAAGGAGACUGCGGCAAGGAGGGCUUACAUUGCCAUAGAGAAGAAACAACACAGGAAUCUCAGUGUGACUGUACCAGGGUUGCGACUUUCUCAAGCUAUGCCUCACAUUGCUGGAUCUGCAGAUGGUAUUGUCUCAUGUAAAUGCCAUGGACAUAAGCUUAUGGAAAUAAAGUGUCCCUACAGUUUUAGAGAUAAGUCCCCCAAGGAGGCUGCUUGUGCAACUGUGGGGUGUGAAAAUAAAGAUGGUGUCCGGACAGUUACUGAGCGUUGUGACUACUAUCCCCAGAUCCAAGGUCUGAUGGGGAUAUAUGGUCUAAGAGUGUGUGAUCUUGUACUUUAUACAAGAUCUGGAAUUUUGGUGAUACCUGUUCAGUUCAAUGAGGACUUUUUCCAUAGGAUGCUUCAAAACUUGAAUUAUUUCUAUGUGAAUUAUGUUAUUCCAGAAUUAUUUAAGCAUGUGUGAAUUCAUUGAUCACUUUUCUGCUUAGUUCUUUUUUUUCUUUUUUUUUUUUCAUGUUUUUAUUCCCAGAAUUAUGUUGACAGACUUUACCUCAGUAGUACAGUAC